UUAUUUAACAUAAUUAUUUUGAAUUUAUAAGUAUUUUAAACUGUAAAUUAGAAGAGACCGGAAUGGACAAACGGUAAUCCAACCUGAUUUCGGAAAAUCUACUUUUCGAUCAUUAUUUAAAUAUGAUAUUUUCAUCCUUCACUUCAAAUAAUAGGUGAUUCUUUGUUUUCUCUCUCUUCUUUUUCCUUCUUUCUUUGCUAUAAUCCCAUGAAACAGCAAAUAAUAAAACUGGUGAGAAAUGGAUUGUACAAAGAAGCACUCCAUCUAUACGGUGAAGACCUCAUUGCAUCAUUGCUUCCCAACAAAUUCACAUUCCCUCCACUCUUCAAAGCUUGUGCCAAGCUCAACUCACCAAUUCAAGGCCAAAUCCUCCACACCCAUCUCAUCAAGACUGGGUUUUCCCAUGACAUCUAUGCUGCCACUGCUCUCACGGAUAUGUACAUGAAAUUGCACCGCUUUGAAUGUGCCCUCAAGGUGUUCUAUGAAAUGCCUGACGGAAACUUGGCUUCCUUAAACACGAUCAUUUCCGGGUUUUGGAGAAACGGAUAUUGUAAUGAAGCGCUUAUAUUGUUUAAGGAGAUUUGUUUUGGAUUGUGGAGGCCUAAUUCACUCACUAUAGCUACCGUCUUGCCAGCUUGUCAAAGUCUUGAACUUGGUAUGCAAGUUCAUACUUUGGCCAUUAAGUUGGGAGUUGAGUUGGACGUUUACGUGGCAACUUCGUUGCUGACUAUGUAUUCUAACCGUGGAGAAAUAGUUUUAGCCAUUAACAUGUUUGUAGAGAUGACUGAUAAGAAUGUUGUCAGCUAUAAUGCUUUUCUUUCAGGGCUUCUGCAAAAUGGGGUUCCACUUAUGGUAUUGCAGGUGUUUAAGAACAUGAUGGGAAAUUGUCAAGUAGGACAACCCAAUUGUGUUACUUUCAUUUCUAUUAUAUCUGCAUGUGCAAGUCUUUUGUACCUACAGUUUGGCAGACAGGUUCAUGGGGUUCUUAUGAAAAUUGAGACACAGUUUGAUACUAUGGUUGGAACUGCACUUGUUGAUAUGUAUUCAAAAUGUCGGGCUUGGCAAUGGGGCUAUGAUGUUUUCAAGGAGAUGAAAGGAAGCAGGAACUUGGUAACUUGGAAUUCAAUGAUAGCAGGGUUGAUGUUAAACAAUCAAAGUGAGAUGGCUGUUGCACUGUUCGAGGAGGUAAAAUUUGAAGGAAUGAAACCUGAUUCAGCAACAUGGAAUUCAAUGAUAAGGGGGUUUUCGCAGUUGGGGAAAGGAUUUGAAGCUUUUAAGUAUUUUGAGAAGAUGCAGUCUGCUGGUGUAGAACUGAGUUUAAAAUGCAUUACUAGUCUUUUGCCAGCUUGUUCAAUCUUGUGUGCUUUAAAGCAGGGAAAAGAGAUCCAUGGUCUUGCUAUAAGAAGUGGUAUUAGUAACGAGGAGUUCAUGGCUACAGCACUCAUUGACAUGUAUAUGAACUGUGGGUAUUCCUCUUGUGCGCGUAAAAUCUUUGAUCAGUUUGAGUCAAAGCCUGAUGAUCCGGCAUUCUGGAAUGCAAUGAUUUCCGGUUAUGGAAGAAAUGGAGAGAAUGGAUCAGCAUUUGAAAUUUUUGAUUUGAUGCGGGAGGAAAAAGUAAAGCCAAAUUCAGCAACUUUCAUUGGUGUUAUAUCUUCAUGUAGUCACACUGGACAAGUUGACAGAGGAUUACAAGUUUUCAGAAUGAUGAAUAAAGUUUGUAACUUGAGCCCAAAUCUUGAGCAUUUUGGUUGCAUGGUUGAUCUUUUGGGUCGAUGCGGCAAACUAGAGGAAGCCAAAGAUCUAAUACAAGAACUUCCAGACCCUCCCGCUGCAAUUUUUGCUUCUCUGCUUGGUGCUUGUAAGUGUCACUUAAAUUAUGAGCUAGGAGAAGAAAUAGCUAUGAAGCUUUCAGAGUUGGAGCCAGAGACUCCAGAACCUUUUGUGAUACUGUCCAGCAUAUACGCUGCAGUAGGAAGGUGGGGAGAUGUGGAAAGAAUAAGACUAAUGAUAGAUGACAGAGGAUUGAGAAAAUUCCCCGGAUUUAGUUCAAUAUCCGUGACAUGAGAAGGAACUUUUUAUAGCAUCCGAAAUUUUUUUUCGCUCUACCAUAUUCAAACUUUUCAUCUUCUUGGUAUAUUCCAGGUUACUGGGAAAAAAGUUUCACCACUCAGUAUUUGCCUCUCUGGACCUAACUUUUGGUCUAUUUAAGCUCAUGGAAGGAAAGCAGUAAAUUUCAUUGGAUUUGGUUCAUUUGAAAUUACAUGUAGAGGAACUGCUUAGAUUAGAUGGCAAGAAAUUGUAAACUAAAUCAAAUUCAAUUGCAUGUCUGGCAUCUUCUUGGGUUGUGACUACAAGAGACAGUUCACUUAUUCAACAUUUCUUUCACUGAAAACCCAAAAUAGUUAUCGAAAAAGUUUGGGGGCUCAAAUAUGAAGCAAGAGAUCACAUCUCUAAGGGUAAUUACACCUGUAACUUCAUUCUCAUCCACUAUAUAGAUUCUGUGCACCCUUUUGGUGGCAAGGCACUGGAUCACACUACCAAGAGUUGAAUCUACCUUGCAUGUUAUUGGUGUGGUGACUCUCCCAAUUUCUUGGCCGGUUGAGACAACAGUACUAAUGAAAUCCUCCACGGUGAGCUGCCUGUAAUUAAGAAUCAAGUAGAUAAAAGCAUUGUUAAACCACCCUUGGUUGCAUGGAACACUGUUUGCUAAAAUAGUAGAUAUAAGUUUUGGAGAGGCAGACUAGGUUAAAAGCUGCAUGUCUUUCACUGUACCUGAAAUUGGAGAAAAGUUCGGGUUUGAGCAGCAAGUGUCUUAUGUCUCUUAUGCUUACAUUCCCAACAAUCUUUUUGCUCGGCCCCUCUACAACCGGAAGACCCCCAACAUGGUUGUCUCUCAUUCUUUUGAAAGCUUCAAGAACCAGGUCAUCAUUUUGGAUGCUAAUAACCUGACAAAGAAGAUAAGUAAUUGAAGUUUAGUGUUGAAAUUAGCUUGAAAAAAAAUAUUUACUAGUUACUUGAAGUGACAGUAAAGUUUCACCUCAUUAGAGGACAUGAAAGGGAGUCCCAUAUCCGAAAUAGGCCGUGCAGCAAUACAAUCAAACCAGUCCCUCCCUUUGCAUCCUUCCAGACCUCCAACAACCGCGGAUUGAGUAAUGUAGUUUUGGAGUUCGGGAUUUCCUGGCUCAAUUACAGGUACAUUUCUUAGUCUAUAUUUUGAGAGUAGCAGUAGGACACUCAACAUGGAACUGUCUGUUGCAACCGGAAUAAAAGGAGCCCACCUGUAUGAUUUAACUAUUGACUUCACCUGAAAAACAUAAAUCACAUGUUUCAUGAUGGCAUUAAAGAGGACUGGAUCUUCAUUCUGGUCUCUAGUUUUGUUUCACUACGUUCAAUCAGAAUAUCUUAUGACAGGGCAUUUAGGGUUAAGAUUAUUACUUGUAGUGAAAGAAAGCCAAGGAUUUAAAGAUAAACAAAGAUGGCCUACUUGACCUCCUGAGCCAGUAAAACUGAAUGUAUGGUAAAGUGAACCCAACUCUUUGAAUAUAUAAGUAGCAUUGCACUAAGCUUACAGUGGUUGACUUGAAGGGUUCUUCUUGAAGGAUAACUUUGUAAAAUUCUUUGCCCAAGUUGUCAGCAGCAGCUGGAGCAUCCCCUCCUGAUGCUUGAUCAGCUGCAACACCACCAGCUACAGCGGCUCCUACUGCAGCAACAGUUAGUCCAGCAACUGCAGCUGGACCUGUCACACCGACUGCUAAUGCUCCAAGAGCACCAACAGCUCCAGCACCUAAACCAACAGCUGUAGCUGUGCUGGCUGAUAAAGCAACAGCAGCAACCUCUGCAGUCUCUAGUACCCAGAGAACUAUUGCUGAGUAAUCUAUGAUCCCCAAGUACCUCUCCCUCCAGUUCAUGCUAGUGGCUGCAUCUGGGUUUAUCACAGGUGCAGACAAAAUGUUGCAUUCUGAUAGAACCUUAACAGCAUCGGCAACUGUUGUGUCUGCUUGAAUUUCAAUCACUAGAAAAAAAAAUUUGUUGCCACACAUUAGACAUUGAGGCAUUUCCAUUACUCACACGAAGUACAUCAACUUAAAAUUGCUUAAGCUGCACCUUUGCCAGCAGGAACUUGCGGGAAAGAUGAAACAGGGAUUCUUGCAAAA